UUCGGGCAAUUUGAUCGAUAAAUAGGAAUCAAAAUGCUCUUCCAAGCCUUAUAGCUCACUCUGCUCCGCUGAAUCUCCCCUGAGGAGUUGCCCCGAUUUGAGAAUCGAUUUCAAUGCUUUAAGGGGUCAAGAGGUCAACACGCAAGGGCAAUUCUCAUUGCACUCUUAAAAUGGUUUCCAAGAAGCAAACAAGGCUGAAGAGCCUUUCAAGUGGCCGCCCGCCAACUGUCAAGUCCUCACGGUCAAUGUCUAGGAAAGCCAGCAGGAGUCUCAUCAACACUCAUCACCAACUGGAGAAACAACGUCGGCGAGCUGCAGCCAAGGGCGACACGGUCACCGAAACUCGCCUUGCCUCGGAGAUUGCCAAGCUGGGUGGUCUUGACCACUAUCAGAAGGCUAGUCUGCAAGGUCAGAGUCUCGACAGAGGAGGUGACACGUCAAGAGUGCUUCUGGAAUGGCUCCCUGUGGCAGAGCUCAAGAAGCGUGCUCAGCCGUUUCAUAUGCUGGAGGUUGGGUCAUUGAGUACUCGUAACGCAUGCUCAACAAGCGGUAUCUUUACUAUGAAGCAUAUCGAUCUCAACAGCCAGGAGCCAGGCAUCACAAAGCAAGAUUUUAUGGAGCGCCCCUUACCCAAGGACGAUUCUGAGGUGUUCGAUAUCAUCUCUCUGAGUCUAGUGCUCAACUUCGUGCCCGAGGCCGAGGGGCGUGGACAGAUGCUUCUUCGGACUCUCUCCUUUCUUCGACCUGCAGCUGAACCUGCAACUGGUUCUGACGAACCCUUUCCCUGCCUUUUUGUGGUUCUACCUCGCAGCUGUGUUGACAACUCACGAUACUUUACAGAAACUCGCUUCGAGGAGUUGAUGACGAUUCUCGGCUAUGUAUGCACCAAGUCCAAGAUGACUCAGAAAUUGGCAUAUACUCUGUGGAAGAGGAUCGGAACCGUCUCCGAAAAGCGGUCGGAUUUUACCAAGAAGGAAGUCAAUCCAGGACGGACACGGAACAAUUUUGUCAUGACGCUCAAAGCUUCGACGAGUCAUUCAAACUGAAACGAUGAGGGGAGACACGACAACGCGUGGGGCAUCGACGAGCUGCAUAUGCGGAACUGCCCAACAAACUAUCAGCACGGCAAAACAUAUGGAGUUUUGAGCACGCGACAAUAAGCUGGCAUGGUACGAAUAUUUACUCUCGAUAAGAGGAUCCUAUCUACACAGUUCUUAGAGAGCGCAUACUGUGCUGUAUCGUCUGGAUCGACUAUCUGCAACUU